UGCAGCUAGCUAGGGACUCAGUAAUCCGGCCGGUCAGCCACCAUGCUGCGGUCCACCGGCGACCGCGUCGUCAUCGUGGGCGGCGGCAUCGCCGGCGCCCUCCUCGCCAAGACGCUCCAGAACCACGCCGACGUCGUCCUCAUCGAUCCCAAGGAGUACUUCGAGAUCCCGUGGGCGAACCUGCGCGCCAAGGUGGACCCGGCGGCCGUGGAGCGCACCGUGAUCCCGCACGCCGACUACCUGACGCACGCCAAGGUGGUGACCGCCUCCGCCGUCGGCAUCGACGACUCCGUCGUGCUCACCUCCAUCGGCCGCGCCGUCGCCUACGACUUCCUCGUCGUCGCGACGGGCCGCACCUGCACCCGCCCGCAGAAGCAGUCGGAGCGGCUGGAGAUGUUCCAGCGCGACAAGGAGCGCAUCGACGCCGCCGAGUCGGUGCUCAUCGUCGGCGGCGGGCCCAUCGGCGUGGAGCUGGCCGCGGAGAUCGUGAUGAAGAGCCCCGAGAAGCGCGUCACCAUCGUCCACGGCGGGCCGCGGCUGCUCAAGGUGAUGGGCGCGCGGGCCUCGGCCAAGGCGCUCGAGUGGCUCCGCUCCAAGCACGUGACCGUGCUGCUCGACCAGACCGUCGACCUCGCCGGCGCCACCCCGGAGACGCGGGCCUUCACGACGUCGGCGGGGGAGACGGUGGAGGCGGACUGCCACUUCGUGUGCACGGGGCGGCCCGUGGCCUCCGGGUGGCUCCGGGACUCGUUCCUCGGGGAGCACCUGGACGAGGCCGGCCACGUCCGGGUGGACGACCACCUCCGCGUGGGCGGGCUCAAGAACGUGUUCGCCGUCGGCGACAUCACCGACGUGCCGGAGGCGAAGCAGGGCCACCUGGCGCAGCGGCAGGCGAUGGUGGUGUCGCGGAACCUGCGGCUGCUGGUGAAGGGCGGCGCGUGCAGCAGGGAGGAGAAGCUGCACCGGUACAAGCCGUGCCCGAGGGCCUCCAUCACCGUCACGCUCGGCCGCCGCGACGCGCUGGCGGAGCUGCCGUUCAUGACGCUCAUCGGCCACAUCCCCGGCGCCGUCAAGCCCCGGGACCUCUUCAUCACCAGGACGCGCAGGAUGAUGGGACUCAAGAGCAAACCCUACGGCACCAUGCCGCGCGUCAUGUGAUCGAUCGGCGAGAGACGCUCCGGCCGCCGGCCCCAACCCGGCGAGUGAUCUGCCGAUCGAUGCACCGAUCGAGCAGAUGGAGACUAUCUAGCUGGGUUCUCUGAAUUUUUGCCGCCUCAUCGUCGUCGUCCUUGCUAGAAUCGUUUGAUCGGAUCGGCUGAGAUGUUUACCUUUGUCUCGUGCACCCGUGUAUAUAUGGAACCAUGGAUAUGAACACCAUAUAUGGA